AUGAUCCUACAGCACAUAAUCAUCCUGCUAUUCCCAUUGAUAUUGCUCACCGAAGAAGAAUCCAACUCGUACUCGCCGCUGAUAUUCAAACUAAAACCGGUGCCGGUGGAUUUCAAGACGGACGGCGAUGAGUACGAUUCCCUGGACGACGUGGUGUACGCCGACGAGGCGGACAAGAGCGCCAGAAGCAAGAAGGAGACCAAGGUUUGGGACCAUUGGGGCAAAUGGUCGACGUGCAGCGUCUCCUGCGGCGUGGGGAAGAUGACCAGGUGGAGGCAUUGCAUUUCGAGCGGAUGCGCUCAGGGCGAGAAGGAGGCGCAGAUUAAGACUUGCACGCGUGUUGUAGUGACUAAUGUUGAUGAUUGA